AUUUAAUAUUCGAUCGAUACGGAAUACGAUUAGAUGGACAACAUAAGCCAGGAUCGUAGAUGUAUUCUCGACGUGUUGCCGUGCGAGACACUGGAGUUGAUAAUUCAGCAAAUAGGUCCCAUCACGAACUCAUGGCCGGUACUAUCGCGAGUGUGCAAGACCAUGUACUCGCUGGCGUUGUCCAGUAGGCUAUGGAGGCAAAUCGAAUUUCACAACAUGAUAUUCAGCAAUGAGACGUAUCAGAUUUGCGCGAGGAACAUGCAGCAUCAAUACAUGUAUAGUAUAGAUUUGCAUAGAUGCAGUGGGCUGACCAUCGAGACGUUGAGGAAGUUUUCAGAAUUCAAAAGACUAGAGCGAAUGGCCAUUCGUUACUCGUCUUUGACUGAGAGCCUUGAUUUCUCGAUCAGAAUGUCCAAUUUUCCACCGGUGUCGAACGAGAUUGGGGGCUCGGCUCCAAUUGGGGGGUCCACUACGCACGGCAAGGGCGGAGAAGACAUAAUAGAGUGGCCUGAAUCACUAAAAUUUUUGAACCUAACCAACUUCAAUGGCUCCAGAAUAUUCAGCCUGGUCAAGUGUAACAACCUUGAAUCGCUCUACCUCUCGGGAGCGCAGGGAAAUGCGAGCGAAAUACUGAACUGGCUCCUUAACUCUAAAAAGACACUGCGAGAAGUCGAUGUCAGCCGAACGACCUUCAGGCAAGAACAGGUUUCAAUUUUGCUACAAUCUUGUCCGAAACUCGAGUUGUUGGUUGCUACGGAGGUCAUGCAACGAGCCGAAGAAGAGAAUUAUUCCAAGAUGUACCCGAACGUUCAACUGUUGUUUGAUCUGUUGAGCCAUAAAAUCGACCCCAUCAACGCGCGAAAGAAGUACAUAACUGCGCUGUACGACGUAGACGGAAAGGGGUGCUCCCUGCUGGCGGAUGGCAUUUACGUCGGCAUGGAGAUGUCGGCGCUUCGCCACAUCGUGAAAGAGUUCAACAUUGAUCCAAAUAAGUGCCGAGAAUCGCCAUCGCCGUGGAAAAUUCCAUUUCCAAUGAAGCAUCUGACCAGCAUUAUAAGGUUUCCUCUCGCACUCCAUCAGGCAGCUGCAUUUUUUGAAAUAGAGACCGUCCGAUUUCUGCUAGAAAUUGGGACCGAUCCCAACUUAAAGUGUCCAGAAAACUCUGGAAGAACCGCACUCUCGCUCUCUAUGUCGAACAUCGUUGACUCUCAUCAAUGCCUACAAUUGUGUUCGUUCCUUGUUGAACAUGGUGCUCUACUGGACGUUCAGGACGACGACGGGAAGACGCCUAUAGAUUACGCUAUUGAAUCCAAAAAGUUCAACCUGUUGUGUCCGCUUAUCGCUGACAGCAUACAAGCGCCGCUGCCAACGCAUCAGCUCAACCUCAUCAUGUACGCCGCGAUCGAAAACGACUGUCUGAAGCUGUACCAAGUGUGCAUACAAAGGGGGGCGGACGUGUCGAUCCCCAACGCGGCUGGAUACACCCAUUUGAACUGGGCUAUCAGACACCAAUCGUUAGCAGUCGCCAAGUAUAUCUUGUCUCAGAACAUGGAGGAGAUAAACCGCUUGGACGAGCUGAAUGGAUGGGCGCCUAUUCACUACGCCCUGUUGGCGAUAAACGGUGGGUACGCCGGCGCCAUCUUAGAAGUGUUAAUAGAGUCUGGAUGCGACCUGAAGAUUAAAACAAGGUCGGGACAGAGUUUGAGACAAUUUAUGUCGGAAAAGCACAUUUCGUCAAGCUUUUUGAUGGACAGCGUCCGGAAUGCCGGCGUACUCCUACCCCAAGAAGAAGUGUACGACUAGAACAAUUUUUACCAAGGAGAGAGAACGCGUUGACCAACGUGUUAGAGAGAAAGAGUAGGGCCGAGAGGAACACGCUACUAGAGCUGAUCAGAGUUAAUCGAACCCAUCUUUAGGAAACAGGUGUAACCGCAGAGCGCUUUCAGCGUUUGAUCCGGGAGAAAAAGGGUGACACCGAACACGCAUAAACAUAUCGAUUAAGUUAUCUCAACUUUAUCGUCUACGCUUCAGGAAGCUUUUGGUUGGAUGGCCAUGCCCGCUUCGUUCUCUGCAGGACUCAGAGCAUGUAAGACAAGAGAAACCAGCAGGCCAUUUAUCAGUUCAGAAUCUAAGAUGCUACAUAAUAAAAAAAAACACGGGUUAGAUAGAAGGGCGUCAGUCUCAUUAUCGACACACUUGUGUAU